AAAACCAGAAAGAGAAAAAAAAAAAAAACAAUAAACAAAAAAAGGAAAAGAAAAGGAAAGGUCUGCAAGCUAGCAACCUCCACUGCUCUUAUAAUAAGCAAGAAGGGAGAAGUGUGUACGCACAGUGCACUAAACAAAAUCACACUCUAAUCUCUCUCUCUCUUUCUCUAUCUCUUUCUCUCUGGUCUGUUUGAGUGGCAGCUAAGAUGGAGGAUGAUCAUCGUGUGUUGUUGUGCUACUGGUUCAAGCUAGUUAUCAUCUCUUUAGUUGUAGUGUUUUUUGUUCUAAAGGUGGUAUUGGUGCUAUGGUGGAGACCCAGAAAGAUUGAAGAUCAUUUCUCGAAGCAAGGGAUCAGAGGACCCCCUUACCAUUUCUUCAUUGGCAAUGUCAAGGAGCUUGUGGGCAUGAUGUUAAAAGCUUCUUCUCAGCCUAUGCCUAAUUCCUCUCACAAUAUUCUUCCUAGAGUCCUCUCCUUCUACCAUCACUGGAAGAAAAUCUAUGGUGCAACAUUUCUAGUCUGGUUUGGUCCCACCGUCCGGCUGACCGUCUCCGAUCCCGAUCUAAUCCGGGAAAUCUUCACUUCCAAGUCUGAAUUCUACGAGAAAAAUGAGGCACCCCCUCUUGUCCGCCAGCUCGAAGGCGAUGGUCUCCUCAGUCUCAAAGGCGAAAAAUGGGCUCACCACCGCAAAAUCAUUUCUCCAACUUUCCACAUGGAAAAUCUCAAACUUCUGGUCCCGGUGGUAGCUACCAGUGUGGUUGAUAUGCUGGAGAAAUGGUCGUCGGCGAUGUCGACCUCCGGCGAGGUGGAGAUUGAAGUGUCGGAGUGGUUUCAGACAUUAACAGAAGAUGUGAUUACGAGAACAGCAUUUGGCAGUAGCUACGAAGAUGGUAAAGCCAUUUUUAGAUUACAAGCUCAGCAAAUGGAGCUCGCCGCCGAAGCAUUCCAAAAAGUCUUCAUUCCUGGUUACAGAUUCUUUCCGACGAGGAGAAAUAUAAAGUCGUGGAAAUUGGAUAAAGAAAUAAAAAAAUCGUUGAUGAAGCUGAUCGACAGAAGAAAAGAGAAUCGGGGGGGUGGGAAUUCGGUUACUGUAAAAAAACCAGAGGGAGGAGGACCGAAGGAUUUGCUGGGUUUAAUGAUCGACGCCUCAAAUUCUUCUCCCAAUAUCACAGUAAACGACAUCGUAGAGGAGUGCAAAAGCUUUUUCUUCGCAGGGAAACAGACCACGUCCAACCUGCUGACGUGGACAACGGUGUUACUCGCAAUGCACCCACAGUGGCAGGUGCGAGCACGUGAGGAGCUUGCCGUCAUACUUCAACGGCUGUCGUUUCGUUUGGCCCCAUCAUAUCAACAUGCACCAACGGUCCUGAUGCUACUUUACCCUCAAUACGGUGCACCCGUUAUCUUUCAGAAUCUACCUGAUCACUCCACCCUUCAAGACCCACUUACAUGAUUUUUUUUUUUUUUUAAAUUUUAAUUUUAUUUUAUUUUAAUUCAGGGCUUUUAAAAGAUAACACCACCCCCCCACCCCCAC